AUGUCAUAUUUGUCAGACGAACACAGUUGGAGGCUGUUUUGUGUUACCGCAUUUCCUGAUGGUGUGGGAAAUAGAAUUUUGAAGGACAUGGGAGAGGAAGGUCGGAAGAUUGUAAAGCAAUGUGGAAAUUUACCUCUUGCUAUCAAAACGAUAGCAGCAUCUCUGGCCAACACCAGACAUCCCAACAAAUGGGAGUUGAAGCACCGUCAUCUCGAAAGAGUAGUUGCUCCCAUUGGUGACCUUGACCCUGUCAUGGAGAUUUUAAAAUUGAGUUAUGACUCGAGAAGGAUUCGUCCCAGCAGGAGAAGACCAGUGGGAUAUGGCGUGGGCUUGGUUACAUCUACUUGUUCAGCUGUGUCUGCACAGCUUCAAGUAUAUGCGGAUUUUGAUUCAGGUUAUUCUGGUGCCUAUAAAUUUAAUAAAUUCUGUAAAAUUCAUGAUCUAUUGCAUGAUUUGGCCAUACACAUAGCGGAAGAAAAUAAAUGUGCCUUUUCUGUUGAGGAAAUCUCCACACAUACAAGUGGUGCCAGGGGCUGGAGUCGGAUUUUACUGGCCAAGAAAGGUGUACAUGUCAUCAAGACCAUCUCAGAGAGCCAUCCUGUUUAUCUCCGUACACUUUCACUAUCUCACAACAAGAUGAUUACAAGCAUUCCCACAAACUUGUUUACCACUAUGAGAGGACUGCGCGUUCUGGAUUUGAGCUCCACAGAUAUCUCUACACUGCCUGCGUCUGUUGGAAAGAUGAUUCUUCUGAAAGUUCUGAAUUUAACGGGUAUAGAUAUUCGGGAGUUACCAGAGUGUGUGAGACAUCUGAAAAGUCUCUUGUUUCUUGCUCUCCCUAUCUAUUGCUCUCAAUUACCAGAAUGGAUAAGCGAACUUCAAUGUCUUCAGUGUUUAGAAGGUCGGGGUAUUGAUCGCAUGCCAAAGGGAAUAUCAAAGCUGAUUUCUUUGAGAGCACUGCGAUCAUACUUGACAUUCUCCAAAGAAGAGGACGGAUCCAUACAGUUAGGCGAUUUGGCCAAUACGACUCAGCUUCAGGAACUAUGGUUAGAAAUUAGCCAUGAGAUGCAGAUGAAAAGGAUGGAAGAAUGUACCCUUGCACAGCUGGUAAAGAUGCGCUGUCUGGAAAUGUACAGUUACAUUGAUGAGAAAACGGAGCUUCUGCAGCUUCCUAAAAAUAUUACAGCAAUGAAACAUUUGGAAGAUCUUACAUUGUGCAGGUUUGUAGUUCCAAGUUGGAUAUGUGAUUUGGCAAAUCUGAAGCAAUUAUGCUUAGAAUAUUGUGAAUGCAGUGAUUAUCCUGAGUUGCAGAGAAUGCCCAACCUAGUGAGCUUACAGUUGUGUGGGAACCAGAGCUGCAGAGAAUUGCCCAAUGGUUUUGGAGAGUCCGGAGGGUUUCCACAACUCCGCCUUUUUUGGAUUAGUAGUUUCACAUUAUUAGAAGAGUUUCCUGAAUUGGAGGAGGGAACGAUGCCAUGUCUCGAGAAUUUCUAUCUAUUUAACUGUCCGAAACUGAAACUGAAGAGAUUCGAGAGGUUGAAAAGACUCAAGGGGUUUAAUUCAAAUUCAACAUGGACUAAUGUACCACUUGUACCUGAUAUAUAA